AUGGUUAUCUGCACUCGUCGCGGCUGCGGCGUCGACUUUGACCCGGCAUCUUCCUCCUCAAGCACAGCAUCAUGCAGCUACCAUCCUGGCGCUCCCGUCUUUCACGAAGGCCUCAAAUCCUGGUCGUGUUGCAAGGAGACCAACAAGCCCGUCAUGGAAUUCGAUCAGUUCCUUGCUAUCAAAGGCUGCAGCAUCGCCGACUCUCACUCGACCCAGAAGCAGGCCUUGCCCACCAUCAAAAACGGUGCCGUCGUCUCGGAGGAUGAUGCUUCGUCAGCGCCUGUCGAUGCAUUGACGGUAUCAAAAGACGCUGACGGCAAGGAGACGUUCGGCAAGACCUCAAGUACAUCCGACAUAGUGCAGCCGCUCUCUGGCAUGUCUCUGCUCGCCGCACAGAAUGCGAAAGCAGCUCAGUCGGCCACUGACGCCACCAGUCAGGCACAAGCCAAAGAAGAGCCCGUGGAGGAGCAAGAUCCAGUAGAGACUGACGCUACGCUUCCGGCCGGCCUCGCCUGCAAACGUGGAGGCUGCGGGUACAAGCACCAAGGCGGCGCUCGCGAUCGAUCAAGUGAGACGUGCAAGCACCACAAGGGCUCGCCCAUCUUUCACGAGGGCUCCAAGGGCUGGUCGUGUUGCAAGCGCAGGGUGCUCGAUUUCAACGACUUCUUGCAGAUCGAGCCAUGCACCACCGCAAAGUCUGGUCAUCUCUUUGUCGGCGCACCCAAGGCUGCUGCUGACGGCGAGCUCGACGGCGAGGAGAGCGUAGACUGCAGGAUGGACCACUACGAGACGCCCAACGACAUUCGUCUCACCGUCUAUGCAAAAGCCGUGGAUGCCGCCAACAGCUCGAUCGAGUUCAACGAGGAUAGCGUCGUCUUUUCGCUGCUCCUGCCUCCAGCGAGCGGCUCUGCCCGCGGACGCCGCUUCAAGAAGAUGCUUAAGCCCUUUGCACCCAUCGUCCCUACCGAUUCAUCGUUCAAUAUCACCAAGUUCAAAGUAGACCUCGUCCUCACCAAGCAGCGCAAAGGCCAGAGCUGGCCUUGCCUCGAGAGCAGCGACCGCGUCAUUGGCUACGGACUCACUUUUGGCCGUGACAAGGACAAGUGA